AUGCACCUUUUCUCCCUCCUUGGCAUUGCCGUUGUGCAGGCGCAGUCACUCACGCUACAGGCGCCGGUUGCUGCGAUCGACAGCGCCGGCCAUCAUCCCCAACCUCAAAACGGGCACACCAGGUCGUCGUGCUGGGCAUCGUCUUGGCACGCGUCGGCUAUUCGUGGACGACUGCCUCCCAAGACGACGAGGCAUGCUGUGCUUCCGGAUGGCGUCACCGGCUGGCAUCCGCGCAAGCUCGACUAUCGCGCGUUGGCGGUGGUUGCUGAGCUGCAGCCAGGCCGUUUGCUUCUCGUGACACAUUCAGACUUUGAGACGGACGAGGACACCACAGCAUGGCCCGUCCUAGCCAAAAUGGUCGACACAGACGGCUCGGUCGGCGGCAGAGACGCCUUGCUGCGUGAUCUUGCGCGGGAGGUGACCAUCUACCAGCGCCUCGACGGUACGGGAAUCACACCAACGUUUCUUGGGCAUGUUGUCGACGACACCGGUCGCCCCGCUGGCUUUCUUGUCGAGUACGCUCCCCAGGACCCCGAGGCACGCCGCAACCCAGACAGGAUGCGCGCCUGCCUGGACGUUCUCCGCAGGCUGCAUGGGCACAACAUUGCCCACAACGACGCCCACGACGGGAACUGUCUUUUACGAAACCACGGCGACGGCAGGACAACGGCUCUCCUAGUCGAUUUCGAGCUGGCUGAGGAGGCGGCGUCGGAGGCGGCGUCGGAGGCGGCCAAGGCCCGCGAUGUCAGCGUCAUGGACCGCUGCAUCCGGGGCAUCGCAUAUACAGCAGGGCAGAAAGACGGGCGGCAGAAUGAGCCUUCCCAUGUACGCUAUUGA